CAAUAGGGCGUAGUUCGACAAGUGCUUGCAUUAGUAAUCAUCCGUGUUGUGGGUGUUAAUUUUUGUGUUUGUGCUAUUAUUUUUACUCUAUUUUAACUGUAAUUUAUGUUUUUCCACGUAUAAGUAGUCUUUUAAGUGUUUGUUUAAUCUCAGCGCCAAGAUGUUGGGCUCAAAAACAUCGAUUUUAAUACGCAGCUAUGCAUUAUUUAUGCUCAUUCUGGCUGUGGGUGUGUUCGCCCAAUUUGAAUGGCAGCAACGCGAUGCAUUUGAUGAGAUUAAAUACAGAUUUGAUAAAGUAAAUGCCGACAAUUGCCCCAUACAGCAUGUUAGUGAUAUUUAUUUGCCAGAAGACACAGUUUCGCACAAACCCGAUAUCAAGGAGAUUAAUAUCAAUCCCAUAUUUCCGAAUCGCACGGCGCUGCUUCAUUUGCAUAAUAUGGCAAUGAGUCGGAGCUUCUUUUGGAGUUAUAUAUUGCAGUCGCGUUUUAUACGACCAGCGAUUAAUGACACUUACGAUCCGGGCAUGAUGUACUAUUUUCUAUCCACCGUCGCUGAUGUGUCGGCGAAUCCCUACAUAAACGCUUCGGCGAUUUAUUUUGCGCCGAAUAGCUCGUACACGUCUUCCUACCGUGGCUUCUUCAAUAAAACAUUUCCACGAUUUGGGCCACGCACAUUCCGUUUGGAUGAUUUUAAUGACCCCAUACACUUGCAAAAGAUUUCCACUUGGAAUACUUUCGAUGUACGCGAUUUGGGUGCGCAUCCGCCAGAUAUGAAAUCACAGGAUUACACAUCAGAUCUGUAUAAAAUAAAUGAGUGGUAUAAGACGUGGCUGCCGGACGAUGUGGAAGGUAGGCAUGAUACUAAAACUACCUAUCAAGUUGAAAUACGCUACGCCAACAACACAAACGAAACAUUUACAUUCCACGGACCGCCUGGUGCCGAUGAAAUUCCUGGUCCAGUGAAGUGGACACGCCCUUACUUUGAUUGUGGUCGUUCGAAUAAGUGGCUUGUUUCUGCUGUUGUACCAAUUGCUGACAUUUACCCUCGACACACGCAAUUUAGACAUAUUGAAUACCCCAAGUAUACCGCUAUUGCCGUGUUGGAAAUGGAUUUUGAGCGUUUGGACAUAAACCAAUGUCCGAAGGGCGAGGGUAACAAGGGACCUAAUCAUUUUGCGAAUACUGCGCGUUGUAAAAAAGAAACCACAGAAUGUGAGCCGCUGCACGGUUGGGGCUUCCGACGUGGCGGCUAUCAAUGUCGAUGUAAGCCCGGUUAUCGAUUACCGAAUGUGGUGCGGCGUCCCUAUUUAGGUGAAAUAGUUGAGCGGGCCUCAGCAGAGCAAUACUAUAAUGAUUAUGAUUGCCUCAAAAUUGGAUGGGUGCAAAAGGUGCCUAUACAGUGGGAACGCGCACCAUACCACGUGCGUGAGAAAUACUUGGAUUUACAUCCGGAAUAUCGCAACUAUUCCACUGGCGCACGAGCUUUGCAUGCGGAACAUAUUAAUAUUGAUCAAUCGCUGAAAUUCAUACAUGGCGUGAAUUACCGUACGUGUAAAAACUUCCAUCCACAAGAUUUGAUAUUGCGUGGCGAUGUAAGCUAUGGCGCAAAGGAACAAUUUGAAAAUGAGGCGAAAAUGGCUGUGCGCUUGGCGAAUUUCGUUAGUGCUUUCUUGCAGAUCUCUGAUCCCAAUGAAGUGUACACUGGUAAACGUGUGGCCGACAAACCGCUGACCGAAGAUCAAAUGAUCGGCGAAACCCUGGCCAUUGUCUUGGGCGACACUAAGGUCUGGUCGGCUGCCAUGCUUUGGGAACGCAACAAAUUCACCAACCGCACUUAUUUCGCACCAUACGCAUACAAAACCGAAUUAAAUACACGCAAAUUCAAAGUUGAAGACAUCGCACGUCUGAAUAAAACGCACGAAAUCUACACGGAGAAGAAGUAUUUCAAGUUUUUGAAACAACGUUGGUCCGCCAAUUUCGAUGACCUAGAAACGUUCUAUAUGAAAAUGAAGUUGCGUCACAACGAAACAGGUGAAUAUAUGCAAAAAUACGAACACUACCCGAAUUCAUACCGUGCGGCAAACCUGAAACAUGGCUAUUGGACACAACCGCAAUUCGACUGUGAUGGUUAUGUGAAAAAGUGGCUCGUGACCUAUGCGGCACCCUUUUUCGGCUGGGAUAGCCUUAAAGUGAAACUGGAAUUCAAGGGUGUCGUUGCGGUCUCUAUGGAUAUGUUGCAAUUGGACAUCAAUCAAUGUCCGGAUUGGUACUUUGAGCCGAACGCUUUCAAAAAUACGCAUAAAUGUGAUGAGCGAACGUCUUAUUGUGUACCCAUUAUGGGCCGUGGCUAUGAAACUGGUGGCUACAAAUGUGAAUGUCUACAAGGCUAUGAAUAUCCUUUCGAAGAUCUGAUCACCUACUACGACGGUCAACUUGUAGAAGCUGAAUACCAGAAUAUUGUGGCCGACGAGCAGUCGCGUUACGACACAUUCCACUGCCGUUUGGCUGGCGCAUCCGGUCUGCAAGUCGCCACAUCGCUUUUCGUAUCGCUGCUCGGUUUAACGCUAAUACUAAUGUAUAAGUUCAGAUGAGUAUAUGCGACAUUGUAGGCGGUGGUGACCGUGGCAAAUGUCUCCCAACGCCUCCAAACUAAUAUACAAACAAUUCGUCCAUUUUCGUUUAAGUACUAGUAUGUAAGUAACCGUAUUUGAUAACGACAAACAAAAGAAAGAACCAACAUACAAUUAUCUCUUUUCCAAAGAAGUGUGAAUGCCAAUGAUCACAAGAUCAUCACAUACAUAGAGAAACAAUUUUUUUUUUUUUUGGUUUAAGAAUGCAAGAAUCUCAAAUGACAAAAAAACAAAACAAAAACAGCACAAACAUUCCUUCACUUCAUCCUGCCAGCAACAGUGUUUGCAAAUCAUAGGCGAAAUACAUAUUUAACAGCAAAGUCUGCUCUAUGAGCAUCAGAAAUGCUGCUAACAACAAAAGCAACGACAUCAGCAAUGGCUACACAAUGGCAGUAAUACGAGGCGCACUGAGAAACGGUGUCAUCAUUUAUCCAAGACGAUUAAGUUGUAGACAUAAUCUAUUACAAUGCAUCUAGUUAUUUGUCAUUUGUUGUACAACACAGCGAGGUGAGGAGCAGAAAGCGCACAGCGAAGAGACAAGUAAUGGAUGGCAGAAACGCUCAAGAAAAGCGCAAACGUUCGUUGAGCAAGUAGCAUCUCUUGCAGCGCAAUCCGCCUUCGGAGCUCAUAUUACCAGCACUAGCGAACGCAAAGAACGGAAAUGCCAACGGAUGAAGCUGUUGAGAAAAUACGAAGUUGGCGCAGUGAACGUACAUUUUACAAGAACAUUUCACAUAGCAAAAGCGACAAAAUUCGCAAUAAAAGAAAACCUGUUCAAUCUAAAGCCAAAUAUGCCAGCUUUGUGUCUUGUGUCUCUCCGCUACACUUUGGCUACAACACAUCUCGCGACAAUCUCUCGCUUACUUUGCUGAGCAGCCGAGUGCGAAGAGCGUAAAUUAGAUAACGCUUAUUACUCGAAAGGGUUGAAAAUCUGUGCGCAAUGUCUAUGAGUAGAUGCUACUAUCGCUCCUAAGCUUGCAUACGCAAAUUUACUACAUCAUUUGAAAAUUCUCAUUUUUUAUUUGACCAUGCCAUUCAACGUUGUGGUCGCAAAGUCUUAGACAUUCAGAGGCGAUCAAAGCUGAGUGUGCCCAUUGUUGUUGUUGUUGCUAUUGUUAGUGGUUGUAUUGGCCUGCAGUCUGCCUUGCACCCUUCUUUCAAUGACGGUCCAUAAGGACGCGCACAUUGGCAUGCCAAAUCGCCAGCUCGUCCGCGCGUACGCGUCUUGUACUUUAGACGCUUUUUAAUGUGUUUUUUUUUGUAUGGCCUCCUGUGUUGCCUGGUUCGCCGAUGUCCGUUUUUUUGCAUCUCUUUCCUUGUUUUUCUAUAUUUCAUUAUUUUUUGCAUGAAUUAAAAUUUUUUCAUAGUUGAUUAUCAAAUGUGCCUGAAUUUUUAUUAUCUUCGGCUGCACCCUGAGAACCUUUUUUCCACUGCUACUAGCAGUGGUGAUUAUGCCUUGGAAAAAAACCAGUUCAACACUUGGUCCGGCAAAUACGCCGUUACUUUUUUGAAUCGACAAAAAAUCAAGCGCACAUAGUGUUUUUGAAGAACUUUGAUAUCAAAAAAAUAUUCAAGGAAAAUAAAAAACAAAAAACAAAUGAAGACGAUGCGCAUGAUUUUGGCUUUACAUGCGCCCUUCGGUGGCCAACGUUUUUGCAGCAAAAUAUUUUCACACAUUUUUCAUAGUCAACAUUCAGUGAGUGACCACUAGGCAAAAGAACGUUGCAUUGGCCGCUUAAUCGGCAGCCAGGGAGGAAGGCAAGCAGGCACGCAGGCAGGCAGGCAAACAGACAGGACGAUGGUAGGCAUGCAUAGUGAUGGAGUGGUACCUCCUCCUGCUGCUUUUCUUUAUUAUUAUACUCGAUUUUUUUGAUUGGUUUUUGCGUCGCUUUUUGCAAAGAUGCGCUUCGUGGUCUAUUGUAUUCGCGCCACCAACGUGCGGCGGCCUUUGUGUAUGCCUCACAGCUGUGUGCUGCUAUGCAAGACGGACCAAUAUGAAGAUAAUAAUAAUGUGCAUUAAUUGUUGUUGGUUAGGAUGAAGAAAACGUUUCUUUCAUAUAUUUUUUAUGAACUUUAUUAAUAUUUUGGACUUUUUUUUAUAAUUGAAAACUUAUAACCACAAUAAUAUUUCAUUAUACAACAUUGCGUUUUGUAUAUUAUUGGGUUAUCCUAAAUAUAUUUUUGCAACACACUUAAGAAAUCUUUAUGGUGAAACAGAGUCCGUCCAGAAGAGAGAUACAAAAAGACAUACUCGAAUAAAUGUUUACAAAUCAUAAACUAAAUAUUUUUAUAUGUACCACUUUGUGCCUGCUUCUCGUAAAUCAUAUCAGCUAGAAUGUAUAGACUUUUGUACGUCUACAUGUAAAGGUAUGGAAUAAUGAAAUCAUAUCAAAUAUACGUAUACAUACUUAUAUGUAUAUACAAUUACAACUAAAGUAAGCUAGAAUUCACCAGCGUUUAUAGUAUAUAAGUGAAUUAAAAACGCUAAAAACGCUGUUCACAAAUUCCAAACAUUUUUUGUUAAUAUCGUAAAUAGUGCGAUAUCCGCAGUUCUAUUAAUACUUUUGUUUUAAGUGUACAAUUUUAUAUCAGCUUAAAAAGUAAAAACACAAAAAAAAAAAAAAAAUAAACGA